AUGAACGCCCCUCCACCCCCAGAACUCGAAAUCUCCCCUCCCCUCCUCAACUCCGCGAACCCGUGGUGCACGACCCUAGGCGACCUCAAACGCCUCCACGCCUCCCCUCACACCGGCGCCCUCACCACGCGGACCUCUCUCCUCUCCGGCUUCGCACACCGCGACGCAGUCCACCAGUACACCUUCUUCUCCCCGGCGACCUCCCAGCCCUCCUCCACGGUCCCGAACUCCUCGUCCCACCACACCACCCCCCAGGACCUCCAGCCCGAAGACGUCGCCUCGCUCAACAAUCUGGGCUACUCGCCGCUGCCGCUGGACACGUACCUCGACUUCAUCGCCGAGCUGCCGACGACCAAGAUCGAGGGCCACGGCCACCACAAGCUCAUCAUCGUCUCGGUGACGGGGUCGCCCGCCGAGAUCGCGGAGUGCUACGCGCGCAUCGCGGCGUUCGCGACGACGACGGCGCAUCCGCUGGCGAUGGAGGUGAACCUGUCAUGUCCCAACAUCGCGAACGCGGCACCACCGGCGUCCGACCAGGCGCAGUUGCAGGCGUAUCUGGCGGCGCUGCCCUCGAGGCCCGCGAUCCCCGUCGGGCUGAAGACGCCUCCGUACACGCACCUGGCGCAUUACAGGGCCCUCAUCAGUGCUCUGCGCGAGGACGCGACGGUCGUUACGAAGAAUGCGAUGCUCAAGGUGCCAAGCAAGAUCAGCUUCAUUACGGCGGUGAACACCCUCGGCUCGUGCCUGCUGCUGGAACAGGACGAUGAGGAUCCGGACGGCGAUUUGGUGGCGCGGCUUCCCGGUUCUGGGUUGGGCGGUAUGGCUGGGCCUCCGCUUCAUCCGCUGGCAUUGGGGAAUGUGAAGACGAUCUCGGAGCUGGUGUCGCGAGAGCCAGAACUGUUACACAUCAAGGUCAUCGGUGUCGGCGGCGUCUCGGACGCGGAUGGCUUCAGGCGCAUGAUGAGUGUUGGUGCCUACGCCGUUGGUGUCGGAACGGCGUUGGGCCGGGAAGGGGUGGACGUCUUCGAGAAGAUCGCUUCCAAUCUUGAGAAAAAGUAG